AUGGCGACGGCGGACCUCUUGGUGAUCGUCUGCGAAGUGAUAUUACAUCGGAUUGCCGACCUUUCCUGGAUGUACUCUUUCCUCUUCCACUAUACUGUGUGCAGGUCCAUUAUAUUCCUCGCUCCCGCGGCCGUUGCCUGUUCUGUUUGGCUUACGGUCGCUUUCACAUUUGAUCGCUUUGUGGCCAUUUCCACUCAGAAUCUGAGAACCAGAUACUGCACCGAGAGAACCGCGCUGGUGGUUAUAGUGACCCUAACUGCGUUCUUCUGUUUACUGAACGUCCCCUGGCCCUUUGCGUACAAUUAUUAUUUCAGGGAUCAGCAGGGUACACAGUGGGGCUGCCUAAUAAGAUAUCAGUUUUAUGGCCAAUCCUCGUGGAUAGCAUUUUCCUGGACUCAACAGCUGCUAGUCCCAGUCAUUCCAUUUUGUUUAAUUAUGCUGAUGAACGUGCUCACAGUCAGACGCAUUUUAGUGGCCAGUCGUGUCCGCAGAAAACUCCGCGAUCUCAGUAAUGAGGACCCCGAGAUCGCAAACCGCAGACGGUCUGUAAUUUUACUCCUUGCAAUCUCCAGCAGUUUUAUGGUGCUAUGGGGCACAAAUGUAGUAUAUUUCGUUUUCUAUCGAAUUACGAAUGCAUUUCGUGCCAGGGUGUUGAUGAACCGAUUUCCAACAUUUGAACAAACUGGAAUUCUGCUACAACUGUUGAGCACCUGCACAAACACGGUAAUUUACACCGUGGCCCAGAGGAGGUUCAGAGAGCAUCUGCUCCAGGUACUCAUGUACCCCUUCACCCUAACUAUGCGUUCGGUUUUCAGUACAAUUAGUAAUUCAGUGCCAGAUGCAGCCAAAGUCAAGCAGUCAAACUGCUUCAUCAAGCUGAUCGAAGCUUUUGAUGUUCGAGACCCCGGCGGACGAUGGUACGUCCCGCGUUCGUUCACGCGGUGCCGGGCGAUAUAA